CCAUGACAUGCAAAGGCUGGUACACACAUUGAUGCAUCAGUCCGGCCGGCGGCUGGGUGACGCCCCUCUCUGCUGAUCGAGGGCGUCACUGCUGGCCCUGGCUGCUGGGCACAUAGCAUCACACAACACAUGGCAUGGGUGUGCAUGGGAUGGAUGGCAUGGAUGUCUGUGUGUGAAUCGCAUGACGUCGAACGCCCCUGCCUGCCUGUCUGUCUGUCUGUCUGGGUGGCUGUCUCGAUGACGUACUAAGUAAGUAAACACAUUUCGACACACAUACAUGACUGUACACACACCUUCACUCGAAUGCACUCACUGCACCCAUCGACUGCACACGUUCAGACGAUCGGGUUGAUUCAGUCACAGACAGACAGACCUGCCUUCAAGACGCCCAUCCACCAGCUGACGCAGAGACCAGGCCCCUCCCAACGUCUCCUCCACCUUGGAGAGCCCAACUUCUACGCCACCAUCACCGUCCUGUGUGACGAGACACUCCCUCACCGCAGUCAGGUAGCUCUGCAGGUCUGCCGACAGUGGACACGCCACACAAGUGUCCUGACGGAGCCAAUCAACACACACACACACAGAGGGGACAUCUUGCGUCUGCCGGUGUGGACACCGUGAUGGUCACCUACGUCGAAGGCAAGGAAACACGCGUGCAGGAACUGUCGAGGGCACCGGGACGAGAGAAGCGCCUCCAGUGCCGCGUCGCUCUCCGCAUCGCCGUACAUGGCGUCGCCCACCAAUGGGAAGCCCAGAGUGCUCAGAUGCACGCGGAUCUGGUGCUGCCGGCCUGUGGCGAUGGCCACAACCGCCAGGGUGAGGUUGCGGCCUGCAGCCGCGUAUCGCUCGACUGGCCAGCAAAAGGUGAGUGCCGGCCUUCCAGCCGGGCUGACGAUGGUUGUGCGGCCGGUGACCAUCAGCCGACGGCGACCUGAUGUCAACACGACACACGCACAGCACAGGUGCAAAGGUGCGUUGAGCAUGCUGGUCGGUCCAGUGCUCACACGCGAAAGGCCGGUCUGGCAAGCUCCCGUGGCACAGACAGAGGUAGAGCUUGGUCAUGCGCCGACUCUCCAGCAGCAACUUCAGCCGGUGGUAGGCGGCAUACCUCUUGGCCACCAGCACCGGCCCAGACGUGUCCACGUCGAGACGAUGCACGAACCCCAAAGACACCCUGCUGUCAGACUGCGGGCACGCUGCAUCCGACCGCCCCUCGGCGGGCCUGGCCUUGUGGACGAGGUCGGCAAUAUCCUCGACUGUGUUGCUGGCGAGCAUCUCAUGCGGCGACAAGUCGUUGCGGGGUCGGUAGGGGACUGAGGGCGGUCGGUCAGCCGAGGAGGGAGGGGCGCACGACCAUCUGGGAGGCUUGUACAGCACCUGAACGCCGCAAUGGAUGCAUGACGUCGGCCCUUUCGUCUGUCUGCUUUCCUUACCAUGACAUCUUCCGUCUCGUGCAGCACGAGGGGCGCCUCUUUCCCAAGAGCAGCGGCCUCUCUCCCGUUGAGCUCUCCACUGUCAGUCUCGGACCUCUCGUCAUCUCGCUCACCUUCGCUGCUGAUGCCAUCUUUCCGGAGCAACAGACCAGACAGGCUCUCAACCUUCGCGCGGAUCAUCCUGAACAGCCGCUCAUCAAUCACCCCCAUGAGAGCAAAGCUGCUCGCGAGGGAGUAAAGAGCCAGCCAAUCGUCGCCCCACUGAUCACCGUCACAAGUGCCGUCACUUCGGCCCUCCAGCCGGCGAAUGACCUCUGUCUUGACAGCAUCGGCCAGCUGCCGGCUGGGCAGGGAGGCGUCAGUUGGAAUGCCGAAUGAUGGUGUGGGGGCGUCUUGGUCGCUCAUGUAGAUGACGCCGUCGGCACCCUGUGCUGCAGCGGCAGAUGUGAGGAGGUCCAUUGCCGCAUAGGCCAGGUUGGCGAGGUGCUGGGGCGUGAAGGCUGGCCACGGGAAGCCGAAGGGCGAGAGGGGGCUGUCAUCGCUGCCGGUGGGUUCGGCAUCGUCGUCACCACUCGGUGCUGAGGUCCCCCUCUCUAUGACUUGUUGGAGCAGGUCUUCCGUCAGCUGCCCACUCUUCGCAAACCCCCACAGCAAGUUCGUCACAUCCAGCGGUCCCAGCACCAGCGGCGAAGCACCGUCUGCUGCCAUGGCUUCCUCCUGCAGGAACGCUUUUCUCAGGUCGUCGACGAAACUGUCUGGCAGCAUCGGUGCCGCAUCGAUCGCCGCCAUGGCCCACGAGAUGACGGCGGCAUCCAUGGGGCCAAGCCUGCCGCGCCGAUGGUCGAUCUCGUGUGCGAGGGCAGCGAGGAAUGACGGAAGAAGGGCGGGCGUUUCGUCGUUUGUCGAUGAUGUGCUGGUAUUGGCCGGCUGGGGGUAGAGGAGGUCAGGGCGCAUAGGGAGGAGGGUCGCCAGGCCCCACACUGAACGAACACCCACCACAUUGAUUGCAUCCAUCUGCCACAAUCGCCUUCCGUCCAGUCAUCCACAUACCUGUGUUGCAUACGUGUUGCUCUGAGAAGGCCCCCAGCCUCUCUGGCGCAGCGCAUUCUCUCAUCGCAGCGGCGAGGAGGCCACGAUGGGGGACGCCGACGGAGGCGAAGCUCCAGCACAGAUUGCUGAUGUCCUGACAGACACACGGGUGACGUGAGAAUGUGGAUGAGUUGCACAUCGUCUUUCGGUGUCAUUCAUCCACCAAUCAAUCACCUGUGGUUUGGCCUGCUGAAUGCGCCGUGCGCUGACGCUUCCCAGGGCGUCGAACACGUCACGCCUUCGCACAUUGCACUUGGCCAGGGACCAAGCAGCCAACGCGAGAGACUGCGAGUGGGAUAUGGCGUUUCGCAUUUGGUACACGUACAGGUGGGUGUUCGUGUGCAUUGUGGUAGGGCCGCCUUACGUGCCUGCAUCGGGAAUUUCUGUGCGUGGCUGACGAUGAAAGAGCACAUGCCGCUCAGCAUCGCGGGCCAGCUGGGGCACUCACCCAGCCGUCCAUGCAUCUGCACCAGCCCACCCCCACACAGGCAGGUCACACGAGGAGAGCAUUUAGUAUCCCUGGCUCAUGUUGCUGCUGUUGCAUAUUGUUAACGCACUUUGAGUGUCACAAGUGCCCACAGCGCUUUGACAGCUCCCUGUGGGCUGAGACCUCCACUGUCUUCAUUCAGCACCGCCACCAGACGACCCACCAGCAGCUCAGCCGCCUUGUCGCUGACAGCACAUUUCUCCAUCUUGGUGAUCCCCCAUAGCACGUUCGACAGGGCCCACCCACUCAGCCUCGACGCCUCCCCAGCCACACGCUCGCACAGCUCCCCAACACACGCGUGCUGACUGAGAACAUCCGGCUGCAACCCCAUUGCAUCAAAGGCCAUCCCAUAGUCCUGCUCGGUCAGGCCGGCGCUGCUGCUGCUGCUUCUGGCACGUGAAGUGAGCUCGUGAAUGAGGGCGUCGUAGACACAUUUGUCACGGACACCUCCUUUUGCAAAUCCCCAGAGCAGGUUGGAUAGCUGUUGGUUAGACAUGGAUGGUAGACGAGAUGAGGUGCAGAUCUCUUCUGCAACGAGAGAAUAGAGAGGCCGCCACUCAGAAGAUGACGCGGGAGCCUCUAGGCGACCUGAUCAAGGAAGCUUGAUAGAGAAUUAAGUACGGCUCUUGGGUGUCUACUCACCGAGUGCCCAGAUGAUAUUUGCCAGGUUGACAUCAGGGAGCGAUUUGAUUUGGGAGGGCAGCUCUUCCAUCAGCCGGUGCGCCAGCCGCUCCACCGUCUUCCUGCCUCUCCGGAGGUCCGUUCUCAGCAGGUUGGCGAGGCUCUUCCCAUCUGCACGUUUGGCCACACGAUGAAGGGCCGUGAUCAGAUUCAGCGAGUCGAAGUCCUGAACAAGGCAAGGAGAGGCAAAAGGAAGACGUCUGGAUGAUCUGUGUGCAUGAUCGCAUCACUGACCUCCAGGUGGUCCUUCAUGAUUCUGGUGACGUGAUGCAGCUUCCUGGCGUCCGCAAGCUUCCUGUUGAGCUGUCGCUGAUCAGGCCCGCCGCUGUCUGGGUCCUCCACCGCUGAGAUCUGCAAAACCUUCCUCUGCGCAAGCAACGAACGCCACGUGAUCGGGGCGAUAAAUGCGGCGGCCGGAAAGAUACAGAUGAGGCUUGUGAGAAGCCCAAUGUGAUAAGAUCUCAUCGCCGCGCGUCUCCGCGUCCCUG